AGUUGCACCUGUCACGAAGGGAACUGCUUGUCUCUAGCCUCAUGCUGCUGUGGUCACUGCUUCUGGCCCUUGCUCCUGUCGGAGUUCAUUCCGACUGGUUGAGCAUCAGCCUGCCACACCGUGCAUAUGAAGGAGACCAUGUAACUAUAAGCUGCACAGGGGAAAAGAACCAUGAUAUAAAGAGACUAAAGUACUUCAAGGAUGGAUCUCACAUAACUACUUACAGAAGUGCUUCGAGCUACACCAUUGCAAAUGCAAGAUUCAGUGACCGUGGCUCCUAUUUCUGUAAGGCAGAUAGGAAGCUUUUCCUAUUCAUAGAUGUACCAGAAGAAACAAGACACGUGUGGCUUGAUAUCCAAGAGCUGUUUCCAGCACCAGGGCUGACAGUCAGCUCCCUGCAGCCCAUAGAGGGGAGGUCAGUGACCCUGUCCUGCAACACCUGGCUCCCUUCAGACAGGGCAACGACCCAGUUACGCUAUUCCUUCUUCAAAGAUGGCCACACUCUGCAGUCGGGUUGGAGUUCACCAACGUUUACGAUCUCAGCAAUAUGGAAAGAAGACUCAGGAAAUUACUGGUGUGAGGCAAUGACAGCAUCUCACAGUGUCUUGAAGCAGAGUCGCCGGUCCUAUAUAGAUGUGGAGAGGAUCCCUGUGUCUCAAGUCUCCAUGGAGAUCCAGUCUCCAAGGGGCUGCGGAGUUGAAGGGCAGACUCUGGUCCUUGUCUGUUCUGUGGUUAAAGGCACCGGGCUCAUAAUGUACUCCUGGCACAGAGAGGACACAGAGGAAAGUGUGGGGAGGAAAAGCCAGCGUUCCCAGAGAGUCGAGCUGGAGAUCACUACUGUCAGAGAAAGUCACGCAGGGGGUUACUACUGCACUGCUGACAACAGCUACGGCCUUGUCCAGAGCGCUGUAGUGAACGUCACAGUAAAAGUUCCAGUGUGGCACCCUCUCCUCUCCAUCAGUGUUCCUGGGGUGCUGCCCUUCAUUGGCGAUGUGGUGGAGCUUCAGUGUGAAGACAAGAGAGCAUCUCCUCCUGUUCUGUACCAGUUUUAUCAUGAAAAUAUCACUCUGGGCAACAUCUCAACACCUUCUGGAGGAAAAGCAUCCUUUAAGCUCACUCUGACUGCGGAACAUUCUGGGAACUACUCCUGUGAGGCUGACAAUGGCUGGGGGACAAAGCGCAGUGAGGUGGUACUACUCAACGUCACAGAGCCCCCACCCAAAGUACGUCUGGUGAAUGGUCCCCACCGCUGUGAGGGACGUGUAGAGGUGGAACAGGAAGGUCGCUGGGGCACAGUAUGCGAUGAUGGCUGGGACAUGAAGGAUGUGGCCGUGGUAUGCCGAGAGCUAGGCUGUGGAGCAGCCAAGCACACACCUAUAGCCAUGUUGUAUCCACCAGCAGUUGAGGAAGCUCUGCCUGUGCUCAUCCAGGUAGCCCUGUGCAAUGGGACAGAAAAGACCCUGGCUGAAUGUGACCAGGUUGAGACCUUUGAUUGUGGACAUGACGAAGAUGCUGGAGCUGUGUGUGAAGUGGUCUUUCCUAGCAUUUCUUGAAGAUCUAAUGAGACAACAUUGGACCUCCUAUAUUCAUCAUUGGGUCUCACCAGCCUAAUAGUCUGUUGUUUCUGCUGGACUUCAAGAUUUCAUCUGUGACUCGUUUGACUUCAAGAGAACUCAAAAUGAUUCUGCUCUGAGCCAAUUCUGCUCUGAGUUCUAACAGCACUAAAGAAAGUCCAAGUUCCCAA